AUGGCAGCAGCAGCGGCUCCUGAAGAAAAAUAUGCCGUACCAUUUCGAAGCCUUCUAACUGGACCAUUCGAACCCGGGCAAACAUUGAUGAUCAAAGGUAAAACGGCUGAAGAUUCUGUUAGAUUCACAAUAAAUCUACACAAUACAUCACCGGACUUCAGCGGUAACGAUGUUCCACUGCAUAUGUCGUUUCGGUUCGAUGAGGGAAAGAUAAUAUUCAACAGUUAUGCCAAAGGUGAAUGGGGCAAAGAGGAACGUAAGAGUAAUCCGUACAAAAAAGGUGAUAAGAAAGAAAUUAAAGAAUAUGAACAUCGAGUUCCGCUUUCAUCGGUAACACAUUUCUCCAUUGAUGGCGAUAUUGUGGUUACUAAUAUCGCUUGGGGAGGCAAAUAUUAUCCGGUACCGUUUGAAACCGGACUUAGCGGUGAAGGCCUUGCACCAGGCAAAACACUGUUGAUAUAUGCAACACCAGAAAAGAAAGGAAAACGUUUCCAUAUCAAUUUGUUAAGAAAGAACGGAGAUAUUGCGCUACAUUUCAAUCCGCGAUUUGAUGAAAAGGCAAUUAUUCGAAACACGUUGAUCAGUGGUGAGUGGGGUAACGAAGAACGUGAGGGUAAAAUGCCGCUCGAAAAAGGAAUUGGUUUUGAUCUCGAACUUAGGAACGAAGAUUAUGCUUUCCAGAUCUUCAUCGAUGGUGAGCGUUUUGCAUCGUAUGCACAUCGUCUAGACCCCCACGACAUCAACGGUCUUCAGAUUGGUGGCGAU